AUGAAUACUUUGAAUUCAACAAGUGAUCCUCUUCUGAAAUAUCAAAACGUAUUGCUAAAAACCAGCAGGAAAACUCAAUGGAAGCCUUAUGCCAUUCUUAUUUUGAUUAUAUUCAUAUCCGCACCAAUUGUGUUUGUAUCAUCGAAGUUAAUCAUAUCGGCAAAUUAUAAGUGUCAAACAGUUUCAACAUCAACUAUUUCUUCAAGAUUAAAUGAUUCUACAGCCACCCAUUUUGUACAGAAAAGUGAGCUUGUGAGAGUGAGUAAAACCAAUGAAACCAUUUCUUAUCCUGCUGCAUUCUGUGGAAAACGAAUUGUGGGAUAUUUUGCAGAAUUUGAGAACUCUGAUCUAACAAGAAGACAACUUUAAAUGCUCACUCAUAUUAUUUACUUGUUUGCUAUUCCAAAAAAUGGAAGUUUAACUUUUGGCGAUGAAAGUUCUCUCCGAAAAUUCGAACAGAUGAAAAAUGAAGCAAGAAAAGCAAGCUCUACUCUGAAAGUAAUGAUCAGUAUAGGCGGACAGUAUAGCUCUGGUGAAUUUUCGGGAUUGGUGUCUAAUGAAACGUCACGAAAUUUGUUUGUCGACUCUAUUACCACCUUCGUUAGAAAUUACGAUAUAGAUGGAAUCGAAAUAUUUUGGACGUGGCCAAAAGAGAGCGAUGAGAACAACUAUUUAAAGUUUAUUCAAGAUCUUCGCUACGCAUUCACGGAACUCCAAAAGAAAUUGAAUAGAAAAGAAGAUUUUGUGAUUAGUUUAGUGAUCUCCAGGAAUGUCAACCCAUUGUAUGGAGGAGGAACUAGAAACGUCGAUGAGAUUAUGAAGAAUUACAUUUGUAAAACUGGCCAACCAAGUAAAUUUAAUAUAAUUGUCUCGUUCCACGCAACAUUUUGGAAAGGCGCCGAAUUGCCAUUACGAGAUGAUUCUGAUGAUAUAUUCAAAGACCAAAACUCGACAAAAGGAGCAUAUGCUGUACGUUGGAGAGAGCUACUUCAACAAAAAUGGAACCUGGAGGACAUUAAAUUUCACAAUUUAACGAAAACCUAGUUUAUUUGGAUUCCUGGUCCACCUACCUGGUUUACGACUUUAGAAGACGAAAAAAGUUUGAGAGAAAAAAAUCGAUAUGUUGCUGAUCAUAAUAUUGGAGGAAUAACCAUGUGGACAAUUGAUCAGGAUGAUGAUGAUCACACUCUUUUGAAAGUUGUAUCUUCUGCAGAAUUAUGCAUUGGAGAUGAGAAGAACGAGAUUAAAUACAAGUGCGAAUGA